AUGGCAAGCAGUAGUUCUGCGGAAGAAGGUGAGCGCCAGAACUCCGCGGACAAGGACAAGCUGAUCACCGUUCUAAGCAUCGAUGGUGGCGGCGUCAGGGGGAUCAUUCCGGCCACCAUCCUCGGCUUCCUUGGAGAGGAAUUCAAGAAACUAGAUGGGCCAGAAGCUAGGAUCGCGGACUACUUUGACGUCAUCGCCGGCACGAGCACCGGUGGCCUCUUGACGGUGAUGCUCACGGCGCCGGACAAGAACGGGCGGCCGCUGUUCGACGCCAAGGAGCUGGCGCAGUUCUACAUGGAUGAGUCGCCCAAGAUCUUCCCACAGAAGAACUCGUUCUUCGGCAAGAUCGCCACAGCUUUGAAGAUGGUGCGCGGGCCCAAGUACAACGGCAAGUACCUCCAUGCGCUGCUUCGUCGGCACCUCGGCGAGACCAAGCUGGACAGGACACUAACCAAUGUGGUCAUCCCGACCUUCGAUAUCGCAUAUCUGCAGCCCUCAAUUUUUUCGAGCUUUCAGCUGAAGCACUCGCCUGCGAAAAACGCGCUCCUGUCAGACAUCGCGAUCAGCACCUCGGCCGCGCCGACGUUCUUCCCGGCGCACUACUUCGAGACCAAGGACGACAAAGGGGAGCCGAGGGCCUUCAACCUCAUCGACGGCGGCCUCGCCGCCAACAACCCCACGCUAUGCGCGAUGAGCCAAGUGUCGCAGGACAUCAUCGUGGGGGAUGGCGAGUUCUUCGUGCAGAACCCGGUGGACUACGGCAAGUUCAUGAUCGUCUCCAUCGGCUGCGGGCUGAACCCGAAGGAGAGCUACAGCGCUAAGGACACCGCCAAGUGGGGGAUCCUGAACUGGAUCGUCAAGGACGGCACCACCCCAAUCGUCGACAUGUUCAACGCCGCCAGCGCCGACAUGGUGGACAUCCACCUCUCGGUCCUCUUCGGCGCCCUGCGCUCCUCCCACCGCUACCUGCGCAUCCAGUACGACCAGCUGAGCGGGAGCGCGGGCUCCAUCGACGACUGCUCCAAGGAGAACAUGGACAGGCUGGUGCAGAUCGGGGGCGAGCUCCUCAGGAAGAACGUGUCCCGGGUGGACCUGGAGACCGGCCGGAACGUGGAGAUGCCCGGCCAGGGCACCAACGCGGAGCAGCUCGCCAAGUUCGCAAAGCACCUGUCCGACGAGCGGCGCAGGCGCCAAAAGGUGCUUCAGAUUAACCAGCAGCUGGCCGGCUCGUGA